GUUUGUUUAAGUUGUAAUGGAAAAAUAAAAGUCAACCUAUCAUGGCUGUGCCCGAACCUGAUGUUAUUCCAUGUCCAAUGAAUCGUCUCAACCGCUGGGAGCUACUCCAUCAAUGCCAUCAAACAUUUUGGAAACGAUGGACUCGGGAAUAUCUUACCACCCUCCAAGGGCGUCUCAAAUGGUACCAACCCACACCAAAUUUAUCCGAAGGAGACCUAGUUAUCGUGGAAGCUCCGAAUCGCCCACCUACGGACUGGCAAUUAGGUCGUAUCAUUGCAGUCCACCCCGGUAAAGAUUCAAUUGUACGUGCGGUAACCAUUCAAACUCGAGAUGGUGUACUUAGACGUCCAGUCGUCAAAUUAGUGAAACUACCAGUAUCCGACUCAUCCAUCCCUUGAUCAAUCAUUUAUUCCUAAGUUUUCUUUUUUUUUCUAAGCACUUUAUGAUAACUAAGUUUUAAGCAUUCAGGUGAUUUUUUUGUCAAGAUGAGCUGUCCUAAUUUUUUUUUGAAAGUCAACGUCAAUCAACGCUGGGAGAAUGUUCGGUCCUGUUACAU